CGAGGUGUCACAGCGGUAAAAAAAAAAAAAAAGCGAGCGAGACGUGAAUCGAAUUGUCUCGAUCGUCUCACGCGCGAGUUCUCGAGGGAUCGCGUAACCACACAACGAGUGAUUCUGGGAUAUAUCCGUCAGUGCGAGGCAGUUUUGAAGAUCGGAUUGCCGGUUACCGAGUGUAUAUAUUUCCGACCUUGGGUGUUACGUCUUUGGGUAUAUCAGAUCGCGACGAGGUGUCGGAAAAUCGGGGGAAGGGAAGAGAGAGAUAUAGCGCAGGAGCCGCUGAUUGAUUAUUUUAUUUUUCGUUAGUGUGCUAGUCCCUCAGAUCGAUCUCGCGGAUCUCACGCGCUUGGGUGAUAGUGACAGUUGCCGAACGUGAGAGUGUUCAGUUCUCAAGUACAUAAUACCACGAAGUCCCUCCGAGAGAAAGGAAGAGACAGAGAGAUUCUCUCUUGCUCCUCUUCUUCUCGCGCUUCUGGUUCUCUGCUCGGGGAAAUCGAUCGUGUACCUGAAGGGAUCGUAUCCUUAGAGAAAAUACCGGAUAUCUAAGCGAUCGGAAUGCUACUGUGUCAGUGAAGGUCGAGUCUGUGAAAACAGGAAACAAAAGGGGUGAGAUAAGGGAGAACGGUCGGGGGUGAGAACGCUCUGGGGGUAGGGUGCAAAAAUUGUAAAAAAAAAAAAAAAAAAAAACCGCGCGGAAGUGAGAAGGGCACGGAAACGGGAAACGUGGCAUGAUCGGGUGCGAAAAGGUGCAAAGUCAGGAUGCUCACGAUACAGCGCACGGAGUCGUUGAGAGGGGGAGAAGGCUGCAACCCUCCCGGCACGCAUUUGCUACCUCCUGUCGCGCCCGGGGGUGCUUCCGGAUGGAAGCCCGCCGAGAGAAGCGUCUCCUUCAAUCGAGACGUCCACGUGAAGAGGAUCGGACGUGGCGCACCGCGCGUAACCGCGGCUCUCGUGGGCGAUGGAGAAGGUAGGUUGACCGCCACCCCAGUUCACAGGGAGAACAUCGCCGCGAGAAGCAAAGAGGAUCUCGCACAGGAGGCGGCUCUGGUUCUGCAGCAAGCGGGCAGUCUUCAUUGCGUGGCGCGCGACAACCGACGUCUGCCCGGUCGCUUCAGCACCUUGCCGGCGCGUCGCGGCAAGAAACGUCCGGAACUGCCGAUCGAUGUGAGAUCCCGCCGUGGCAGCGAGGAGAUCGAAGCGGAUCUCGGCACUCCGCAAACGCGAAGGAAGUCAUUGGAAAGAAGCGCCAGCGAUGCCGGCGCGAAGAAGCUGAAAGGCUCGAUCUCGCGUUUCUUCUCGCCGAAGUUGGAAAGGCGACAGAAGCCGGUUGGUCGAAGCGCGAGCGACGCCGGCGCGUGGACGCGCACCGGCAGUGCGCAACGUAAGCGAAGCGGCAGCGAGAGCGAGGAGUCGCACCUGAGCACCACUAGCCAGCGAGCGAAGAAACAACUGUCACCGAUAAUCGAAGCGUCGCCGCAUCCCGAUCAGCAGCCGUUUCAUUUCGGCACCGCGGAUCCAAAGAACAACAACAAUCGACCGGAAAGUGGGACGAAGAAGCGGGACGAGAAGAGUUUGACUACCGAUGUCGUAGACGACGUGAUAUCGCGGAACAUCGAGACGAGAGAGACGAGCGAAGUGCGCGUGGAAGAGUCGAUCGGUAGUAGAUCGCCCAGUAGAGAGGCCAGAGUGAUCGAACAUCGCAUAUUCGUCGAGGGUAGGGACGACGAAGAGAAGAAGGAGAUUGAGCGGAAAACCGUGGGAAUCAGUCGUACUCCGUCGCCUUCGAAAGAGUCGAAACGCGGAGUGGACGAAGUUGACGAGAUCGGCGCGAAUAGUAUGCUACACAAUAGCCGCUACAAUCUUCAGCAACGCAACGAAGAAUCCACCAUCCACAAAAUGAUUCACCGACUGUCCAACGACCGUUCCCCGCCGCCGCAGCUCACCAGAACGAUGGUGUCGCCGUCGCCGGGAUUCGGCCACAACAACAAUCGGCCGUUCUCCUACACCAGACCGAACGAGUCCUCGCCGCCGCCGCAGCAGACCAACGUCAUCUACGCGCAAGUUCAACCGGACAAGAAGAAGGCCCAGCGAAGUCACUCCGACAGCGACGAGGGUCUCGGUCUCGAGAGGAAGGACUCCUCCCGCGAGAACAGUCCUGCGGAAAAGGAAUAUCGCAGGACCGAUUACUCGUACAGUAGCGAUCUACGUCGCAACAACGAAAUCAACAGUUUCAAGUCGAGAUACGAGGACGACCGGAAGAACGGCGGCGGUCCCUUUGGCAAACACUUAAGCAGUUCGAAAGAUUUCAUAAACAGAACGAGCGAAGCGACGAGACGUCACGAGUUCGACGAGAUCAACAGACGUCUCUACGACAAGCCCGAGAAGUACACCUCGACUGUGUUCGUGGACACUUCCGCUCGGGGCAGAGCCGACGGCAUGGACUCCAGACGAAGAGACAGCGGCGAGUCCCGACCGAACGAUAGCGGGAUCUCGCCGAAGACGUCCGAGCUGAGCGCUCGGCGGGAUCUGUUGGAGUCCAGGAUCAAAUCCAGGCUGCUGGCCGACGAGAUGUUCGCCGCGAAGAACAGCGCCAAUGUGCCGGUGAAGAAAUCAAGCGAGCACGAGAUCAUUGACAAGCCGAUCGUGCCGUCGCCAGUAACGCCGAAUCGGAUCGCGUCACCGAAACGAUACAUGGACACGUACAUAACGGAGACGCGCACGAACAGCAACGGCGAGAAGUACAUCUUCGAGAAGGAGAUACACGAGGACAACGGCAAAGUUUACGGCUACGAGAAGAAGAUCACCAACAAGAUCCCGACGAACGGUUACCUCGACGCGAAACCGAAGGAGGGUUACACCGUGGAGACGAGAACGGACAAGUACGGUGAUAAGUACAUUGUGGAGACGCGAACGCACGAGGGUUACACCGACAACUUCAAGCCGUUCCUCAGCGAUCGUAGUAGGAGCAGUCCGGAAGAGAGGUUCCAGACCAUCAGAAACGGCGGCAGUCCCUACAAGUCUUCGCAGUAUCUUUCCGAAGGAACUACCCCUACGACCACGAAUCACUUUCGCAGCGAGUCGCGGGAAAACGACGAGCUGUCGUCGCCGAUUAUCGCGAAAAAACUGAACGAGCGCAAGUUCUCGAAGAGCGACGAUUUUUUGGACCGCGACAGCCGGCCUGUCGGUCGGGACGCGUAUCUGCCGAAAACGAAAAAGAACUUCGAGUCGAUUCGCGGCAUAAGCAAGUCAACGCAACGACUAGACGAAGUGGGCGAGAACGCCAGGGUGCGGGCGCUCAGAAGCGAGUACACCACGAGAUCGCACGAGAAUCUGAGCAGCCACGCGGAUUACAUGAAUGCGCGAGACGUGAGGCGUUCGAGCGCGUUGCUGAACAGCCCGACGAUGAACGGGCGCAAGGAGAGGUCGCCGUUCGCGAAACGUCACCUGGACAGCCUGCGCGAGGGCCCGAACGACGAUUACGACACCGACAUCUCGCAGAUGACCAGCAGUCAGCUGGAAUCCAAGUACUAUAAGGAGACUCGCACCACGCAGAGGUACACGAGCAACAACAAGCAUCCGAUUCACGACGAUUACGACAGUUCGCCGCCAAGAAUACGCACCGAUCGCGGUGGAUACAAUUCCAGCCGAUACGACUCGGACACCACCGCCAAGGAUUCGAUUCGCUGCGAGGCGCGUUACGACGAAACGCGCACUAUGAGAAAGGAACACCGCAAGCUGGACGACGAUCCAAAAAAGCCGCUCAGACGAUCGCGAAACCGACUAGAUUACUUCGACGAUUCCGACAGUCCGCGAGGAAAGGUAUCAUCGAUCAGCAGCCGAUUGGAGACCUUCGAAGAGAGUCAUCCGACCAGGCCGCCCAGGACCUAUCAUGAGGGCAAGUCGAGACACGCGAGACAAGAAGUGCGCGGAUACACCGAGCGUCGUCAUCGCGAGACCAGGUUGAGCGAUCCGGAUCGCAAGGACCGGCUGGCCGAUUCCGGCAUCGAGAACGAUUACCGAAGAGACUCGCAGGAAGCGGACAGACGCGAGCAGCUCGAGUCCGAGGACGAGGGUUUCGUCAGUCGGCAGUUCAUCAAACACGAACGACGACACACCGAUCGCAACAUGAACCUGACGUCCUCCGAGCAGCGCAAGUACGACAAGUACGACUUGUCGUCGAAGCCGGCGUUGGUGACCGCGAAACCGCCCUCCGGUGCCGCCGACAAGAAGUACGAAAAAAAAGCGGCGAAGAAGAGCGGGACCAUGAGCAAGGUCAAGCAGCUGUUCAGCAAGAAAGAGAAAAAAGCGAAGGAAGAGAAGAGCAAGAAGAGCGUGAGGAGCGGCAGCAGCGGCGCCUUGACCGACGACGAGGUGACCAUGAGAUAUCGGGAGUACCGCGGCGAUCAGCUGAGAAGCGCCAAGAGCGCGCGGGAUUUGGGCAGCGACAUCAAUCAGGAGGACUACAGUCAACGCAGGCGCUUAUCAACGCCCAGCGGCAGUCCGAGUCCUCCCAGACCGACCAGACUCUCGAGAUCCACCGGUACUCUCACCAGAGAGGAAGAGUCCUUCUGCGAGUCCAGCAACACUCUGACCAGGGACAAUCAGAGCCAGGAGGCGGAGAGAAAGGGCUGGUUCAAGUCUCUCUCGAGGAAGAACAAAUCCAACUCCACGUCGGUGGAUAAAAAGCCGAGAAUACCCGAGAGCGAGAUCUUGACGACCGGUACCGAAGAUGAGGAAGCUUCCUCCGCGCCCGAACGAGUUUCCGUGCAAAAGAAUCUCCGCUUCUUCGGCGAUACGGAUCAGGAGUCCGUCUCGUCCAACAGAGACCGAAGAAACAAACGAGUUGACGACCACGCCUGCUCGAGACGUGAUGUGAACACGAAUCGUCAUAAUUUGGGUAUCAUAUCGGCCCCGAGGAAAUCGAGACUCGCUGAAAGCGCGCUGUCCUCGGGUGAGAGCACAACGGGCGACAGCAGUCAGCAAAGUCAAAACUCUCAAAGAUCGCAGAGAUCUGUUGUGUAUCUCCACGCUGCUACAGUUGGCGAAAUACCGGGCCCGAACGAGAGACGCCGGGCGGCGAGUCGCGAGGAGUUAAAUCGACCGUUGCAAUCGCACACGAGAACGGUGUCGAGGAGCGUGAGCGUCCUUGCGCCGUGGAAACCGCGACACUACAGGGAACCGUUCGAGAUCAACUACGAUCAGCAGCAACACGCGAAACCGAUUGCGACCAUGAGACGCAGACAACGAAGUCGCGAGACGCUCAGUCGCCGAGGAAAGGAGGCUCGGCGAAGCAAGGAUAAUCUAUCCAAAACAAGUACGAUUAACCGCAGCACACUGAAAUCGAAAGACAAGCAAAAAGUUGACAGGACCGUCUCCACGGAAUCGCUGGCCACCAAAUCGCGGGGUUCGAAACUCGAUUUGAACAGAUCUACGUCUGUUCCACGCGAUCCGAACAAGAGCGCAGGAUGGUUCAAGCUGAAGAGCAAGAAGUCCCGCGCCUGAAUCAGGCGGCCAUUGAUCAAUGCUAGUCUCGAGUUUCAUUUAAUGUAAUUCGUAAUUCUCGUAGGUGAUUAAUAGACGUCGUUUUUUUUUUCGGCGCCGUGCUAAUUAAUAACGACGCGAUUUAUCGAUAUAUAUAUACACCGCUCUUAUAUCAAUUUUUAAUGCACACGCUCUGCGCGAGUGUCGAUCGCGCAAAAAUCUCUUUAAUUUCUUUAACCGAGCGUACCAUUUACUUGCGACAACGAUAGGAUUUGUAAAUUAAUUGCUGUUAACAUAUUGAUUGAUUUUGCUCGCGAAAUUUCUGUGCGAGACGCGACAAUUCGUCACGUAUUAUACAUAUACAUCACGUACGUAACAGAGAAUAAAACAUUCAAAUGCACACAGGCACACAGACACACACACACCACACACACACGAAGAAGCUUCAAAUCUAAGUUGCUCGACAAUUUAUAUCUUGCGUAUUGAAUAAAUAACAUAUCUACGUACACAUAUAUUGUAACAAGAUUGAUAAAAGAAAAAAAAAUCUCCAAUAUAAAAUUUUUGACAUUUAAAUUCAAAUAUAUGAUUCUUGUGUAUCUUAUAAUGAGAAUCUUCUCUCAUUGAAUAUACACAUGAAUCCUCUCUGCAUUUAUCUUAAUAGCCUUCUCUCUGCCAAAUUUAACGGAUUAAAUUUGUGGCGCAUGACGAGAACGCGUUGUGUAACGUAAUUCACGCGAAUUAACACUUUAUUGUUGUUAACUUUCGAAUCUUUUCACGGAUUCAAGGGAAAAAUACUUACCGGGGGUGUUCGAUGUUUUUAUAGAUCUAAAUUAACACAUUUUACUUCACUCUACCGUGAAUCAGAGUGCCAUCGCCAUUUUGAUAUUACUUUUACAGUGCAUACACAUUACGAAAACUUCAGAUAACGCGGCGCAAAUUUCAUUUGAAGUUUUUGUAUCGGAGAUACAUAUGUAUAUAAAUCCUCUUCGUUAAUCAAAAUUUGCGAGUAUUCUCUAACAAACAAAUAACACCCAUCUGUGCGAUAAGCGUUAGUGUAAUAAGAUAAAAAAAAAAAGAAAUAAGUUUUCAAAUUUUAUCCCAAUAAUUAAGAAACGUAUAAAUAAAAAAAAAAAACCGCGAGAGCACAAGUUACGUAUAAUAACAAUAAUCAUAAUUUUUCUGUGCAUAGAUCAUUCUCACUUCUGCAUGCUUGUUGUACAUAAAUAUUUGUGUUAAUAAUCUUUUUACUAGAAAACCUGUCGUGUUUUCGUAUAUAUGUAUACACAAAACUCUUGUCGCUGUACAGUUAUGAAUCACAUAUUGCAUUGUUAUGAGCUUCUCACACAAUUGUGAUCGAGAUACGUUUCCGCAAAUCUCGUAACAAACAAACAUGUAAAAAACAAAAAA